UAACCCCGAAAGAAAUGGAAAGAAUCAUUCAGAUAAAUCUUAAAAAUGAAAUCAAAUACAAAUCCAGCUCAAGCGGAUCACCUGUGAAGCUGCAAUGAUAUGUUAGUUUGAGGUUUCAAGAUGCGAGAAGAAAACGUCUUAAACAACCAACCGAAACCCAAUGUGAAUAAGCAAUCGAAAUUUAAAUGCGUAUCAAUUCAAUUGAAUAGUUUUAACCCAAGUGAAUAAUUCAAGGAAUAGUUAGCCCGUAAAUGGUUGUCACAGUGUCACAAGUAUCUAAUUGAUUUGGUAUUAAAAGGAUCACUCGAUACAGAAGAAAAUUUCUUUCUAGAAAUUUUGAAUUAAUGUUGGCAGAAAAUUUAAGCCCAUUAUUAUCCCAUCUCUAUUGUAUGCUUAGAGAUUUGUCUAAACUGACCUAUUACAAUGGUUCAACAAUUGUAUAAUCAUAACGCUCAACUUGGGAGGUUUGUCUUAACCCUUUUUUGAGGCUCAGCAAGUUAGGAAUAAGAUAUUAACGAGCAACUUGGAUGGGAAAAAACGCAGGCGCGUAAACUAAAGCAAUUUGUUAACUAAUGUUAUAAGAAAAAAAGUGAAUUUAGUUCACUUUUAGUUUUUAAUGAUCAGCAAACAGUUGAAAAACUUAGGUAUAAUGACCACAAUCUUUGAGAAAAGCGAUUCAUUAAAGUUAAUUGAUGUGGAACAUCUUGAAACAGGAACCAAAAAAUCACUCGACACAGAGGUAAUCUAUCUCAAUAUAAAUGACUUGACAACAGAGGCCAACAAUUAUGCAGACUAUAACGAAGAUGAAGUCAAGUUACCGUACCAAUUGUCGUACCAAUUACCAUCCAUUGAAUGGCUACUAAGAAGUGAUUCCGUUGCUUAUGAAAAUUUAAAAAAACAAUCCUAUAAAAUUAAUGGUCAUCUUUAUGAAUCAACAUCAACAACAUUGACUACAUCAUCUAAAUUAAGUGUUGCCACAGAAUCAAUUGAUCUUAAAAGUAUUUCAACCUCAAUUGGAUCCAUUGAUGAUGUUAACAAUGUUUUAACUUGUUCCUCUUCAUCAUGUUUAUCUUCACCUUCCUUCUCAUCAUCGCCAAAAUCCAUAGAGUUAUCAACACCAACAACACCGAAUCCUCCUUUAAUUGAUUCCCAAUCGACAAACUUUCGUAACAUUAUUGACAACAACUGUACCGAUUACAAUGAGGAUUAUGAUGCUUUGGAAACCGAUGAUAUUGUAAGCAACAUUGUCAGCGCAACAGUUAAUGUGGAUAGAAGAAUUGAAAUAAACAAUAAUCACUUUAAUUUCCACAAUCUACAGUUAAGGAAUCCAUUCAACAACCAUCAUUAUCACCAUUUACACGCACAUUACCAUCACCAUCAUUACUUUCAUCGCCAUCAGCCUCCUUUUAAUUUACCUGAUGUAUAUUCAAAGAUGGAAGUUAUUCCAAGCACAACAUUACCAUCACCAACCUCAACAUGUUCAUCAUCUUCGACAGCCUUAGAAGCAAUUUAUCAACCUCCUGAGGUUCCAUCUCGAAAUAUGCCAACAUCAACAUCAACAACUAAGAAUCGGAAAUUGCGAACCCAAAUAUGGAAAAAAUAUUCAAAGAAGAAAAAUUUAUCACAAGAUGAAUUGGAACGCAAACGUGAUUUAGCCAAUCAACAAGAGCGAACCCGAAUGCACAGACAAAAUGAUGCCCUUAAACACCUGAGAAACGCUAUUCCGUAUGAAUUCAGCCGUCAUCCACCAGAAAAAAAUCUCUCUAAAAUUAAAACACUUCGAUUUGCUAUUGAAUAUAUAAAGGAAUUAAACAGUAUGUUAACCAGAGAUAAUCAAUGAUAAAAAUCUAUUGACCAGUACAAAAUUGGGUUCAUCAUUCCACAGCUGACCAUUAGUUACGACCAUUUGGUUAUUAAUCAAACUGUAAAUCACAUCCAUCAUUAAACCUAAAAUGCUAAAAUGUUUUGCUUUGACAAUUUGACAAUUGUCAGUUGAAAUGAAAAUUUACUUAAAGACCAAGAAAUUAAAAAAGACAUCUGAAUCAGAAUGACCAAUGAAAGAUUCAA